UUAGCCAUGACUACAGCUUGGCUCCUGGUGUUGGCGACUGUGAUGCUGGACUUGGCCAGAGCUGGCCCUGUCCCCACUUUCAAGCCCACCACAACCAGGAAGGGCUGCCACAUGGGCCAGUUCCAAUCUCUGUCACCAUGGGAGCUGAAGGGCUUCAAGAAAGCCAAGGAUGCUUUGGAAGAGUCACUCUCACUGAAGAACUGGAGCUGCAGCUCUCACCUCUUCCCCAGGACCCGGGACCUGAGGCAGCUGCAGGUGUGGGAGCGCCUCGUGGCCUUAGAGGCUGAGCUAGACUUGACUCUGAAGGUCCUAAGGGCCGCGGCUGACUCAUCCCUGGGGGUCACCCUGGACCAGCCACUUCGCACGCUGCAUCACAUCCACGUCGAACUUCAGGCUUGCAUCAGGGCUCAGCCCACGGCAGGAUCCCGGCUCCAGGGCCGCCUCAACCACUGGCUGCACCGGCUCCAAGAAGCCACAGAGAAAGAGUCCCAAGGCUGCCUUGAGGCCUCUGUGACAUUCAACCUCUUCCACUUCCUCGUAAGGGACCUGAGAAGUGUUACCAGUGGAGACUUGCACAUCUGAGAACCUGAACCCAGCCGCACCCCGUCUGGGGCCCUGACCUUAUUUAUGCACUAAGCUCCAAGCCUGCCAUAACUUAUUUCCUCUCACCCCUUAUUUAUGGAGCUGAAGCCCUGACUCAUACCAAUAAGAAAUGUUUAUUUUUCUACUUUUGUACAAUAUGUGCAGAUAAACAGUAAGGAAUUAAAGGAAAAAAAAAAAAGAGCCCACUACCAAUUUUCAGGAG